GCGAGAGUCCAUGGUCCAUCGGCACCUUGAGAGGAAAUACGAUGGCAACGUCACUUUUUGAAUCGUUCGAGUAUCCACGAACUUGUUGACCUACCAUUGGCCUGCCACCUUUGCUGGUAUGUAUGUGGCCUCCAGUGAUGUAUCCUUGACUCUAGACUACUAGUAGUAUAAAUCCCUCCGUCCGCCAUCAUCUCGAAUGGAUUCUAAACUCGACGCAAGACACCAUAAGAGAAAACAUAAGCAUCCAGAUAAAAACAACCAUUCUCCUCUCAACUUCAUAUACAAUCUGAAUACUUUCCUCAAGACCUUGUCAUAAUGCAGAUCACCAACUAUCUCCUCGCCGCCCUGGCUGCUGCCACUGCCGUCUCCGGCUCCCCCAUCACGAAGCGUGAGGUCAAGUCCAUGAUGGCUGCUGGUGCCGCUGAAUGGACCAUUGAAACCUUCACCCGUACCUGCAAUGCCGAGGAUACCUCAUGCGACUACAGCUUCAACAUCAACACCCACACUGCAGACCCUACCUCCUGCAAGUUCACAACUACCGGCGCACCUGCAAGCCGUGCUGCCUCAAACGCCAAAUGCGGAGCUUUCACUGUUACCUCCGGUUGGAGCGGACAGUUCGGCCCGGAUGCGGGAUUCACAACCUUCUCUGUCACGGACCAGAAGCUUAUUGUUUGGCCCGCUUACACCGACAAGCAGCUGGUCAACGGCCAGGUGGUAAACCCCGACCAAAGCUACGCUCCCCAGAACUUGCCUUAAUCGGGUCAUUUCAGCACGCUACGGCAGAGCAUCAAGAUACAAGUUAUGA